AAGCACACAUGCACAGUUAUCAUGUACUGUGAAGCACACAUGCACAGAUAACAUGCACUGUGAAACACACAUGCACAGUUAUCAUGUACUGUGAAGCACACAUGCACAGAUAACAUGCACUGUAAAGCACACAUAUACAGAUAACAUGGACUGUGAAACACACAUGCAUAGAUAUCAUGUACUGUGAAACACACAUGCACAGAUAACAUGUACUGUGAAGCACGCAUGCACAGAUAACAUGCACUGUGAAGCACACAUGCACAGAUAACAUGCACUGUGAAACACACAUGCACAGAUAACAUGUACUGUGAAACACACAUGCACAGUUAUCAUGUACUGUGAAGCACACAUGCACAGAUAACAUGCACUGUGAAACACACAUGCACAGAUAACAUGCACUGAGAAACACACAGAUAACAUGCACUGAGAAACACACACACAGAUAACAUGCACUGUGAAACUGGGACCAGCUGGAGCUCUGUGGUCACUGCCACUAUCACAGCCCAGAACCCCAGCAUGUGUCUUAGCACAGGAGGAGCAGUUAGCUACACUCCGUCUCUGGUCUCAUCCCUUAAACAUCAGGCGGAGGAAGCUGCAGCAGCUGGUCUUAGCACACACUGAUCAGUUUUUCCUAAGUUCUCAUAUCCGGGCUCCUGAGGAGAGCUUUGCCAUUCCUCUCGAGCCUGACUGUGGGUAACAGCUUUGCCAAUUAAUGGCAGGUCAGGUGGCUUUGGAAUCGUGGACAGGCUGUGCCCGUGUCAGAUCACACGAUCACUCACUACCUCCACUCCCUACAGCCAGUCAUCAGCACUUCCUUUGACUCCUUCCUUUGACUCCGCAUGUUAUCUGUCCGUUGUCAUCGAAUGCACACAGCACACUUCCAAUUGUUAAAUUUACUAAGUGACUUCAGGCUUAACAGGUCCCUCCUUCCAGGUCCCUUCUCAACCAGCUUGGCCUGUCUGAGAUCUGCCCUGCCUUACUCAAAUUCCAAGACAUGAGCCAUACCCACGGCGUUAGAGGCACUCCUGAAAAAAAUCAGAUCGCUGACACGUAAGAUCCUGGUUUCACAAGCUGUUAUUAUACUGUGAAAAUCGGGUCAUUUACAUUCUCCCUUGUGUCCUGAUGUGAAAUCAUUAUGAUUUCCAGACCAUUGCUCAUUAAAAUAAAGAACAUUUGUAUACAGGUGGUUAUUAAGUGCAUACAUUUUAUAAUUGUACAGGUCACCGGAAUAUUUGCUGACUCACAAAGAGAGUUCAGGGAGUAGGGGUUAGAACCUUGGGCCCUGCAUAUGCUAGGUCAAGUCCUCUUUUAUGGAGCUUCGCUCCUAGCCAGAAUUCAGUGUAUGGUAAAAGCCAGUUUGAGUUGGCACUGAGGCCGUACCACUGUCCUUCAAGAGGUUUUCCUUCGUCUUAUGCUACCUUUAUUUCAGAAAAGGUGUUUUUUUUUGUUUUGUUUUGUUUUGUUUUUUUUAAUCGUGAUUGCCUCAUAAAGACAGUAAGACAGGGUCUUUGGUGGCUUUUUCCAUUACUGCGCUAACACACCACAACCGAAAGCAGUCUGGGAAGAAAAGGGCUUAUCUCAGUACAGCCCAUCACUGAGGUAAAUAGAGCAGGAACCCGGGAGGCUGAUACAAAGGCCAUGGAGGGGUGCUGCUUACUGGCUUGCUCCCCCUGACUUGCUCAGUCUGCUGUUUCAUAGCACCCAGGACAAUCAGUCAAUGGAUGGCCCCACCCACAAUGGGCGGGGCCCUCCCCCAUCAAUCACUAAUUAAGAAAAUGAACUACAGGCUUGCCUAUAGUGUGAUUUUUUUUUUUUUAUGGGAGCACUUUUUAAAUUGAGGUUUCAGAUGACUCUAUCGUGUGUCAAGGUGACAUAAAACUAGCCAGGAUAGUCAGUUUGUCAUGAGCUAUAAUUAACAUAAAAAUGAUGAGACAUCUCAGUGAAGCUGUUAUUUUUAAAAUGCAUAUACGAUUUAAGUCUCGCAACCAAAGAAUGAUUGUGUGUGUGUGUGUGUGUGUGUGUGUGUGUGUGUGUGUGUGCGCGUGUGUGUGUGUGUGUGUGUGUAUUUGGGAAGGUUAAUACAGAGCAAGUCGUCUUUUAUGUUUCACUGAAUCCCCACAAAAGUUUAACUAUUGUAUAACUUACAGCUGAAAAAAAGGUGGGAUUGCGCAACUCAGGGCUUCCUGGGAUCCUCGAGUGUGGCGGAAGACCUUACCCACUGAACUCUCCACAAGCCCUUCAUUCAGCUUUUAUUUUCUUUUUUGUUUUCAAAACCAAUCGUCCCAGAGACUCUCUGAUGCUCAAAUACCAGGCGCAUAUUUGAAAGGAAUAUCGGGAGAGAUCUUUCUGAUGGCAGUGAGAACCGGUGACAGCCUGAGCUUCCUUGGCCACUUGGCUGGUUAGUUCCUAGAAAAAUUUGACCUUUGAUGACAUCUAAGUGACUGUGCUGUCUUUUAAGAUCAACUUUCUGCAAAUGGCAUAUUUCAAAACUUGAGGUGAAAUUUAUAAGCAAACCAUUAGCUCCCCCCCUCACCAACUUGCUAAGCGAGAGCUCUGCUGCUGGUCUGUGUUGCCUCAGCCGCCGUCUACUUUCAGAAGCUCUCAUUUAUGCAGUCCAGCCUGGCCAGAUACGUGAAAUCCUGUUUCCCCAGUUGUUGGGAUUACAGGCAUGUGCACCACAUCCAAUUCUCAAAUCUCAUGGGUUUGACACAUGCACCGUAAAUCCAGGCAACUCAGUCCUAACAUGCUUCACUCCUCCAGAGUUUCCUGGUACCUCUUGCUGGCUGCUGGCCCUCUAGAGGCUGUGGUCUGAUUUCUAUUACUAAGUUUGUCUGUUAAGUGGCUGUUACACGCAAAAGAAAGUUCACGGCACAUGGCUGGAUGACAAGCAGAGCUGUUAGACAUGUGAAACGUAGCCUCCCGUUCUUUCAGAAAGAAAACACUUGGAGAAUAGACUUGUAAAAAUGUUUGUUUUGAAUUUAACUAACCAAGUUUUGCUUCAGAGGACGAGAAAGGAAAAUGCACUUUACCUGAAGUAUAUUCCUUUGAAACCCCAGUGACAUUUUGGGGAGCGAGCUUACAGAUUACCCAUGCCACUUUAGUGACUCUUCUUCUGAUCCCCCUCCCCCAAAAUGACUUGGGGGAGAAGUGAAUGGUUUAAGGGCGAGGCUGCUGGCUUUUUCUUAACGCGCCGGGUCUUUGCAGCGGAAGGUGGACUGUGGGUGUAAAUCUGUGCUGCACUGGCAGCGACCUCCUCUCAGGGCCUCUGGACCCAGAAUUUCCUGCAGGUUUCCUGUUGGGUGGCUGCAGGGCAAACUAGGAGCGGGUAGGAAAGGAAGAUGCGCUGCCCAGGAGUGGGGGCGGGGCAGACCUCUUGCGCUUGACGCCCCCAUCCCCACCCCCGCCCUCUAAGAGCCCGCCUUGGGGCGUGGUCCGGGCAGCUUAGGAGGGUGCCAGAGCUCUGGAUCUGGGCGUGCAGCUGCGGGACCGGAGAUGCUCGGCCAGUCACCCUGUGGUCGCUGAGGCUCUCCUCUCAUUUCCGCCGUGCCAGACAGACCCGACCAGAGGUGCUUUUGGAAAGGAAAAACAACCCACAAUUUUGGUGUGAGAAAGGACAUGAGGAGACUACAGGCCUGGGUUCUUCCCGAUCAGAAUGAAACCCAUGUUGAAAGACUUUUCAAAUCUCUUGCUGGUGGUGCUCUGUGACUAUGUCCUUGGAGAAGCCGACUACCUCGUCUUACGAGAGCCAGUCCACGUGGCGCUGAGCGACCGAACGGUGUCAGUGGGUUUCCACUACCUCGGUGACGUCAACGGGACACUGAGGAAUGUGACUGUCAUGCUGUGGGAGGCCAACACCAACCGGACUCUUACCACUAAGUACCUCCUGACCAACCAGGCCCAGGGAACACUCCAGUUUGAAUGCUUCUACUUCAAGGAGGCUGGUGACUACUGGUUUGUGAUGAUCCCAGAAGAGACAGACAAUGGCACACGAGUUCCCCUCUGGGAGAAAAGUGCCUCUCUGAAGGUCGAAUGGCCCGUCUUUCACAUCGAUUUAAAUAGGACAGCCAAGGCGGCAGAAGGCACCUUCCAAGUGGGUAUUUUUACCUCCCAACCGCUCUGCCUGUUUCCUGUGGACAAGCCAGACCUGCUGGUGGAUGUCAUCUUCAAGGACAGCCUUCCUGAGGCAAGAACAAGUUUGGGACAGCCGCUGGAGAUCCGAGCCAGCAAAAGGACAAGACUCACUCAAGGCCAGUGGGUCGAGUUUGGCUGUGCACCCCUAGGGGUGGAAGCCUACGUUACGGUGAUGCUGAGGCUUUUGGGUCAAGACUCAGUCAUUGCUUCGACGGGACCUAUUGACCUGGCCCAAAAGUUCGGAUACAAAUUGAUGAUGGCACCGGAAGUCAGGUGUGAGUCUGUCCUGGAGGUGAUGGUACUGCCACCUCCUUGUGUCUUUGUCCAAGGAGUGCUGGCUGUUUACAAAGAAGCCCCCAAAGCCCCGGAGGAGAGGACCUUCCAGAUGGCUGAAAACAGGCUGCCCCUGGGAGAGAGGAGAUCGGUGUUUAACUGCACUUUGUUUGAUGUGGGGAAGAACAAGUAUUGCUUUAACUUUGGAAUUUUGAAGAAAAGCCAUUUUUCUGCAAAGGGAUGCAUGCUAAUUCAGAGAAAUAUAGUUUUCCGGCCACCAGACCCAUCGCCGGACCCGGAGAAGUACAACAACGUGGUGACCGUCACAGGGAUAUCCCUGUGCUUGUUCAUCAUCUUUGCCACCGUGCUCAUCACCCUCUGGAGGAGAUUCGGCAGAGCCCCCAAAUGCAGCACGCCGGCCCGCCACAACUCCAUCCAUUCCCCCGGCUUCCGGAAGAACUCGGAUGAGGAGAACAUCUGCGAGCUGAGCGAGCCUCGCGGAAGCUUCUCGGAUGCGGGGGACGGGCCCAGGGGAAGCCCAGGGGACACGGGCAUCCCGUUGACUUACCGGUGCAGUGCGUCAGCGCCUCCUGAGGACGAGGCCUCCGGCAGUGAGAGCUUUCAGUCCAACGCUCAGAAGAUCAUCCCGCCCCUGUUUAGCUACCGCCUGGCCCAGCAGCAGCUGAAGGAGAUGAAGAAGAAAGGGCUGACAGAGACCACCAAAGUGUACCACGUGUCUCAGAGCCCCCUGACAGACACGGUAGUGGAUGCCACUGCCAGCCCCCCCUUAGACCUGGAGUGCCCCGAAGAGGCAGCAGCAAGCAAGUUCCGGAUCAAGUCUCCUUUUCUGGACCAGCCUGGGGCAGGUCCCGGGGAAAGGCCCCCCUCCAGGCUGGAUGGCGUCCUGCCUCCGCCCAGCUGUGCGGUCAGCCCCAGCCAGACGCUGAUCCGCAAGUCCCAGAUGAGGUCGACUGGUGGGAGAGAUGGCUCGUCGGAGCGGGGCCACUGCAGAAGUUCCCUCUUCCGGAGGACUGCUAGUUUUCACGAAACCAAGCAGGCUCGCCCUUUCAGGGAGAGGAGUUUGUCAGCCCUGACUCCCCGCCAGGCCCCCGCCUACAGUUCCAGGAUGAGGACCUGGGAGCAGAUGGAGGAUAGGGGUCGGCCUCCCAGUCGAAGUGCUCACCUGCUUCCAGAGAGGCCGGAACACUUCCAAGGGGCGGCAGGUCGGGCCAGCAGUCCUUUGGGUCCACUCUCCAAAUCCUACACUGUGGGGCAUCCCAGGAGGAAACCCGACCCGGGGGAUCGCCAGGCUGGGUUGGUGGCAGGAGCUGCUGCGGAGAAAAUGGAGCCUCACCGAGCUCACAGGGGACCGUCCCCCAGUCACAGGAGUGCGUCAAGGAAGCAGACUUCCCCCGUUUUCCUCAAGGACAGCUACCAGAAAGUCAGUCAGCUUAGCCCUUCUCACUUCAGGAAAGAUAAAUGCCAGAGCUUCCCCAUCCACCCUGAGUUCGCCUUCUACGACAACACCUCUUUCCGCCUCACCGAGGCUGAGCAGAGAAUGCUGGACCUCCCGGGAUACUUUGGCUCCAACGAAGAGGACGAAACCACUAGUACACUGAGCGUGGAGAAGUUAGUAAUCUAGGCUAGGAAGCGGCAGGGCUCACCCAGGUCCUUCCCCCAGCUGGCAAUAUCCCUUGCUCGCUAGUGCUGUACAACCGUGGGUACAACCGUGGGAAUUAGUCGGGGAGAUGGGAUUUAUCCUGAACUUUCCUUUUGUUACCCCUUUUCUAUUGGCUUAUUACUACUAAUAAAAUUGAAAGAAGGCAAAUGUAUGAUGCAUUUUGAACGCUACACAUGAUGUUUCCAAUUUAGGCAUCUGGGAGAUUUUCCCAAGGGGUAGGAGCCUCCCAGUGCCUGAUGGGUAUGCAGAACCAUUAUACAAGUGACCUUGCUUAGCAUCUUGCUUUGUUUUGAAGCAGGAACCAAACAAAGGAGCCUAAAUGUGGGGCUGCUUCUUUUGAAGUUUGUUACCAAGAUUCCGAGUGGCCUAAGGACUAAUCAGCAUACACAGAAAUAGCUACGUGUUUGUGGUGACCUCCAGCUACCACACCCAUCCUGCCUUUAGAUUGAUUUCCUUCUUUUAGAGUUUUAUCAGGACGUCAGGCAGCCAGGGAGGUUUCAGACAGGGGGAAAUCAGAAAUGUAAACAUGGUAGUUCCAAAAGUUAAUAUUUGUUCAACUGUCACUUGUGACUUUUUGUUUUUUAAAUUAAAAUGUGCUUCCUUUGGAACUGUUUCAGCAAUGACUGCGGGCUCUUCAGGAACAGGAGGGGUGGGUUGUCCAGAGCUGUGUGGCAACUCCUAUGCAUGGAUGAAAGAAGAGCCAGGCGUGUUACUCCCCAGUCUCUUUAUUUACCUCACCAGAAAGCUUUGUUCUCUACCCAAGUUCACAGGCCUGUGGGCCAGCCUUUGACACAGGGGCACAUGAUUGCUUGUCCCAGAGGUUUACCCAGCAGUGUCACUCUGAGACCAAAACAGCUUUGGAAAAGUGGAAAUUCAUGUGGGCUGAGACUUUUCCUGUCAAGUGAUACUCACUAACAGUCUACCCAGCCCAGUGUUCUGGGGCUCUCACUAACAGCGAAACCCCUGCCUCCAGGAAAAAAGAUGCUUCCCCGCAGGCUUUAAUGUGGGAGUUGUAAAUUUCAGUGCACAGAUUUUUGGUAUCUUACCACUGUGUCUGCGUGUUCUAGUCCCAGUAGCUGCUAUAGAAUAGGGGCUCAAUAAAGACACGGCAAGUGGCCAGCUAGCAAAAUGCCUUAAAACCAGUUGUGGUUGAAGUAGAAUGACUCUUCAUAACACUUUACAUUGCACAUCAUUAUAAAGGAAAUGCAUUCGUGAGACAUCAUGAGGUUUCAGUUUAUAGAGGCCUCACCUCACAAACAUAAGUACUUUUUUUUUUUUUUUUUUUUUUUUUUGCAGUCACCAGUUUGUGCAUUUCCAGCCAUCCUGAGAACAACCAAUGAUGCUUGGCCAGCGUUUUGCUGGUUCCGUGUUUCAGAUUAUCUUAGUGUAUGUAACUUCACGAAGCUGGGUGAGCACGCCACAUUUAUAUGUUUAUUGUGUGUGUCCUGACCAGUAAUGUGUCCGUGCUCACCUUGCUGAGAAGAAAUGUUCUUUUUAAAUAUAGUUUUUAAUCUAAAAAUUUAAAAUUAGCAUGUACUUUAGAAUUUUACACAAGUACUGGUAGGGGAAUGUUCUACCAUUGAACACACAUGGUUCAUCCUUCCCACUCCUCUCUAAAUACUCCUCAAAUUCAUAGCUGUGUGUCUGUGUGACUGUGUGUGUGUGUCUAUGUGUGUGUGUCUGUGUGUGUGUGACUCUGCGUGUGUGUGACUCUGUGUGUCUAUGUGAUUGUGUGUGUGUGCACAUGUGUGUGUGACUGUGUGUAGGACUGGCCGCUUGAGAUUGAAUUGAAACCUACACCUAGAGAAAAGAUCUCCCUCUCUCAGCAGCUCUGUUUCCUAGAGCUCUUUCUCUAGAGUUGGGACCUUGUCCAAUUCUCCCUGGUGUGCGUGUUGUCACGUUGCCUAGUGUUGUCACUGCACAGGUCUUUUUGGCCAACCGUAUUGCUGAAAUUUCAUAGUUACAACUUCUUAUUGGUUUUGUCACUUACCUCUCCUUACUCAGGACAAGCCCCAGCAAGCCUGCCCAUCAUCCACAAGGCAGCUUCUCGAGUGCAUGACUGUCAGCUCUGACCGUGAUCCUUCUAGAAACCUUUGAACUGGUGAUCCAGCUGUAGAUCCCCAAACGUCGUUUUGUCCUCCCGCAAUGGUCCUAUAUACUGUAUAACACCCACACGCAGCUGACCACCAAAGCUGGAAACUCGGAAGAGUCACUUUGAACUUGGUUUCACCGCGUCUGUGCAGCUGGUAGCCAUCAGGCUGUGCGGAUGCCUCUGCUUUCUCGGCUCCGGGUGUACAGCAUGCCAUCUUCUUCCUUUAUUAAAUGUUAUGUGAGAAAUCUGUACAAA